AAGCAGUCUACGAGGGUUCAACAGUGGAGUCCUCCUGCGCGCUGAAUUCUCGUUCACAGCUGUGACCGCUGAAUGUCGUGUCGUUGGGUGGGAAGGUUCUUGGUAUCUUAGAUACUGCGACUUCGGAUCGCGUGAAAAAUUCGAUUUUUGCACUGCCGGUACUUGUGUGAUCAGUGUUGCCGUUCGUUCGAAUAAUUCGAGGUAACGGCGGAAUCAGAAAGAGGGGAAAUCCGCUUAUGCAGGACUUCCAUUGUCUUGAGUCCGAAGUCGGAAUUCCUUUGCUCUCAGUUGGAAAUAAUUUUAUUGCAUUUGUGUAGCUGUCUGUGGAGUUCUCGAUUCCGUCAGCGGUUCUAUUGAAAGCAUCGUGGUUCAAAAACGAACUUCUCUAAUUCUCUUGUGUUAUUAUUGACUUCCGACGGAUUAUGACUGAUUUUCGUGUUUCAGGGACUAUUCUUGAACUAUCCGAAGAUUUGCUGGUGAAAUCGUAGCAAUCCACAUUACUGCAGCGGCGCUGCGGUGAUGUCAUGGCUUGUCUCCACGUUCUCAAACAAGAGAUUCGAACGCUUGAGGCCCUAUUCCCACAAUCUCACGAUCGCUUCCAGGUUAUUGCCGCAAGCUUGGAUGAAGUGACAUGUCGUUUCAUCUCAAAAUGCGGAAAACGUUAUGAACUUCAUGCGAAUAUAUUGGAAACUUACCCGUCAUCCCCUCCUGUAUGGUACAUCGAAACGGAUGAUGCUGCCAUUUCCAGCAUCGUCGAAAAACUCAGCAACACGAAUGGCAAAGAUAAUCACUUACUGAACCAAGUGAGCAUUCUCGUCAAAGACUUGUGCGAAUUGUACAACAUCGAACCGAUCAAAGUCGAUCAUUCCUUGGCCAGUACUCUCCCAUUAGCUGGCAUUUUCGACUUUUCUGGAGCGGCUGAAUCGACAAGUUCGACGUCGUUCUCAUCUGCCUCAUCGGCUUCCAGUGGUAGCCAAACAAACGGCGGACCGACUGGGACAUAUACCGUUCCCAAAGCUUUAAAAAAGGCUACGCAGCAAAAUGAGCUGAGCAAAGGAACCCCGAAUCAUUCAGUCCAGGCUUCAGAUCGCCUCAUGAAGGAACUCAGGGACAUAUACCGUUCCCAAAGCUUUAAAAAAGGUGUUUACGAAGUUGAACUAGUGAACGACAAUUUGUACGAAUGGCAAGUUCGUCUGAGGCAUGUAGACCCGGAUUCGCAAUUAUCUCAAGAUUUGGUGAUCCUCAAAGAAAAAGAGGGAAUUGACCACAUCCUCUUUUCGUUUCACUUUCAGGACUCUUACCCGUUUGAUCCUCCGUUUGUCCGGGUUGUGCAUCCAAUAAUCGGAGGGGGGUACGUGCUUAUCGGUGGUGCCAUUUGCAUGGAGCUGCUCACCAAACAGGGCUGGAGCUCAGCAUACACGGUGGAAGCGAUCAUAAUGCAAAUAGCAGCUACCCUCGUCAAGGGAAAGGCACGAAUCCAGUUCGGAGGAUCUUCACAAGGUCACUACAGUUUUGCUAGAGCCCAACAGUCCUUCGUAUCGCUUACCCAGAUCCACGAAAAAAGUGGUUGGUUUACUCCUCCUAAGGAAGAUGGCUAGUUAGCUAUCUCUUCACCUACUUCGACAUACCUGAUGCUGAAACUAUGAUGUCGAAGUACCGCAAUCAACCCUUUCGUAAUUUGUAGCAACACGGAUACUGCCGGUCUAAGCAACGCCACGAACAUCGCAUCUAAUCGGCACAUUCACGUUAGCGGUUUUGUUUUUGUUCUACAUUUUAAGAGCACAGUGAAUGUCCUCGUUUUUCUGUAUUUUUUGAAUCUGUCCAUACUUAAUUUUUUAGCUUUGUUGAUUACACUGAUCCAUUUGGUUUCCUGACGUUAUAUGUGUCGAGCUUUGAUGUCAUUCAUGUUCACAGUUGCGCGAUGUAUUAGAUAGGCUGCCGAGUUUUGCAUAGGAAUAGUGUGAUUCGAAUGAGAUCCGGGGAUUUUUGGUUUAAAAUCGGCGUUGAAUUAAGUUUCAGUUUGCGAAUUUCAAUUGUACGAAAGUUUGAUGAUGGUCUUGAGGGAGAGCGAGAGAGGGUGACAGAGAGACGCUGAACUCUCGUGGGGAACGGCAUACCUCAAUGUGGCGAGGAUGAACGCGGCAGUUGCACUAAGGGUUGAAUGAUUCUCUUCGCGAUUCUUUCCGACUAUUUUCCUCGCUCUUAUGUUCAUCGUUGCGUCUUGUCUAUGUUCAUCAAAUUUACCAAGGCUACAUUCCAAACUUCGUCUCCGAUCGCUUCAGUUUGCUGAGAUCGCGCUUUUGAUAUAACGUUCGUGUAAAUACGUGUUUGAUCUGAUCGUGCUCGCAUCUUCAUGCCUGUGUAUCCUUGCAUUUUUAUGCAUUCUUUGGAAAUAAUUCCCCGAUUUCGAUCUUUACUCUCGUUUCAAUAUGUUUAAGAUAAAUACGAGUGCUUGAAUAUGUUGAGUGUAACGAAUACGACGCAUGUCCUAUAGGUUGAAGCUUUUUAUAAUCUUCCGUUCGAGACCAAUCACGUUGAACUGGAUUGAAUGUUUUUGUCAAACUGAUCGUGUGCGGAAAGUGAAUUUCUGAUGGAAGGGUUUUAAUAGAAAUAUAUUGAUGAUAAAAGCGUA